CGAGCUCCGGCGAGCUCCGGGCGGCUGCGGAGGCAUGCUAGGGGAUAGACCCUGGGCCCGGGGGGUCUCUCCCCCUGGCCGCUCUCUGCUCCUCCUCCAGUGCCUGCUGCUGCUCCGAGCCCCCGCCGGCCUGCUCGGGGACCAGACCCGCCGGGUGUCUCUGGAGGUUAUCCCAGGACUGACGGACCCCUCACAAAACCUGUUGCACAUCCGGGCUGUGGGAGCCAACUCUACAAUUCACUACAUCUGGAGCAGCCUGGGACCCCCAGCUGUGCUCUUUGUGGCCACAAACACCCCUCACAGUGUCCUGAGUGUCAACUGGACCUGCCUGCUGUCUCCAGCACCUGAAGGGAGCCUGACUGUGCUCCCUGCUGAUAGUGUUCAAUUUUCCUCAGCCUUCAUCUUCCCCAGGCUGUUUGAAUUUGACGGUACCAACAGUUCAGAAGUAAAGACCGGGUCCCUGAGAAAGUCUUACCCACCCUACCUCCUGGCCGACUUCUCCUGGGAUGAUGUCAACAGCACGCUUGACCCCACUACCCUGAGUGCCACAUUCCAGGGUCGACCUUCAGAGGACCCCUUGGGAGCCUUCACCAAUGGCAGCCUCGCAUUCAAGGUUCGUGCUUUCUCUGGUUCUGGUCGUCCAGCUGGUCUCCCUCGACUCUUGCAUACAGCAGACACCUCCCAGCUAGAGCUGGUUCUGUCUGGGGCUGUUCCUCGUGGAAACCACUCCCUUUUUGGGCUGGAGGUGGCAACUCCAGUCUUGGAUUCCCAGUGCCCCCAGCUAAAGGAGCAAGAAUCCAUCGAUGAUGAAUAUUGCCCUGCAGUAUUCCAGAUGAAUCAGUUACUGUGGCAUUCCCCACCAGAAGGCUUCCUGCAGUGGCGGCCAGUAGCCUUCUCACAGAAGCAGCCAACUCUUAAAACAGCCCUUCCCUGCCAAGUGUCCCAUCCCAGUCCUACCUUGGCUACCCUAGUUCCACAGUCACCUAUUGUCAGAGCCUUCUUCAGCUCCCCCGUUAACUUCUGCACCUUCAACCUGACAUUUGGAGACUCUGCUGAUCCAGCCUAUGAGGACCAUCGCUACCUCACUUGGUCAGCUCUCUUGGGCAUAGGAAUCCCCCCAGUGGAUUCCUUCUCACCUCUGCUCCUGGGAAUAAUGGUGGUCGUUCUGGGGGCCCCUGGGCUUCUGCUGGUAGGAGGGGGCCUGAUCCUUCUGCUACUACGACAUAGACGCUACUCAGAGUAUGAACCAAUCAACUGAGGUUCUGAUCUCCCCACAAGUGCCUUUCCAGAUGCUCCUCCCUUCACCACACUAUAUUGAGAACAGGGAUUCACCUUGGAAUAAGGAAGACAGGACAUCAUGCCUCCUAUUCGUCUAUUUCUGGCCCCCAGUCUUCAUGUUAAUACCAAUGUCCCUAAUUCCUUUCCUUUUUUUUUUUAAACUGAACCUUCAAGCCUCAAUUUCUUCAGGUCUCCCCUGGACAAGGGAACAUCAGGAGAACUGGUUAAUGAUGAAAGGGGGAUGGAGCACCUAAAUUCUAGUCUAAUAUUGGUCCUCUUGGAUCCCUUUUCUUCCCAUUCUUUUCCAGUAUUUGGGUUGGGAGUGUGAGCCUUAUACCUGGAUCAAAGCAUUGAGAAGCCCAACUCCUGAUCUUUGGGUUCCUAGAGGGGUAAAGAUGAAAUAUAUACUUAUUUUUUCAA